UCGUGUCCAUCACAUUUGUAUGCUCAUGAAAAUGUAAAACUAGCAAGAAGAGGCAGAACGGAACCGGAACAAACACCAUCUGACCACCCAACAUUCUUAUAAAACAAAGCAGAAUACAACCAGAAUAGAACAAAUCGAUGAAGACUAGCCUCAUCUGCUUGACACCAUCGGAAGGCUCAACAAAGAUAAGAACAUAUGAGGCUAAAAGCCCACAUAUAACCCAUGGAUCACUGACGGCGAGACAGGACGAAGACCGACCGAAGAGAGAACUCCGAGUGCCGAUACCUAGUCGACGCCAAUUCAAAGCGAAAAGAGAUGAUGACAAACCACCACAGCCAUGACAAGCCAGAUCCGCAACAGACAAGACCAUUGCUACGAUCUAAACUCCACAAAAUUCUAUACAACACACACAACCUAAAUCAAAACAAAGUAAAAGAAGACAUAGGCCUAAACGAGUUCUGGCAGAAGUGUGUUCGCCCCUUUGCACCAGAGCUGGAGCAUGUGUGUGGAAGGCCAUUAGGAUUGCGUUUCGAUGAGAAAACCGGUGACCUUUACAUCGCGGAUGCAUACUUUGGCCUUAUGAUUGUUGGUCCUGCUGGUGGUUUAGCCAAGCCUUUGGUUACAGAAGCUGAAGGGCAACCUUUUCGUUUCACUAAUGAUUUGGACAUUGACGAACAUGAAGAUGUGAUUUACUUCACAGACACCAGCACCAGGUUCCAGAGAAGGCAAUUCUUGGCUGCUGUUUUGAACGUGGACAAGACAGGGAGGCUGAUAAAGUACGACAGAUCAAGCAAGAAAGUGACGGUUUUAGUACAAGGCAUUGCGUUUGCAAACGGCGUUGCGCUAAGCAAAGACAGGUCUUUUGUAUUGGUAGCUGAGACCACCACUUGCAAGAUCCUAAGGCUUUGGCUCUCUGGUCCGAAAGCAGGAACACAAGACGUCUUUACUGAGCUUCCUGGUUUCCCUGACAACAUCAGGAGAAACUCGAAUGGAGAGUUUUGGGUCGCUCUUCACUCGAAGAAAGGUCUUUUCGCUAAGCUCUCGCUCUCUCAGGCUUGGUUUAGAGAUUUGUUGCUGAGAUUUCCGAUAAGUGGACCGCGUCUGCACUCGCUGUUCACUGGAGGAAGACCUCAUGCGACGGCUAUGAAGCUGAGUGAAUCAGGAGAGGUUUUGGAGGUGCUUGAGGAUAGAGAAGGGAAGAGGUUGAGGUUUAUAAGCGAAGUGGAGGAGAAAGAUGGUAAGCUUUGGAUUGGUUCUGUUCUUAUGCCUUUUCUUGGUGUUUAUGACUUGUAGUUUUUCUACACAAGUGUCUAUGUGCACGCAUGUUAACUCUUCUUUGUUACGUCCUUCUGUAUUUGGAAUCGGUGUCGAUAGAGACUCUUAAGUACUCUGUAAUGAUAGUAUUAAUAAAACAGAGAAGUUUAAAACGUUAA